AAAUUUACUAAAAAGGAGUGCUGUUCUGAACACUUAUUUUUCUCCAUUUAGUUUUGGCACUCAUUCCAGAGUCCAGUUUAGAGUUAGAUUUGUCAUGUUGCUCCCAUUCCCCACAAAUCUUUUAUAGACCCACCUAAGUUCUCUCUUCACACCUACUCUACCUUCUGUUUCUGACCUCAUAAUCCCUCAACUACAGCCUCAGGCCCCACCCCUAGGGAUACUGACUAUCCACUUCUGCCAAUAGUUCUCUCUCCAGAGUCUGCCCAGCCUGGGCCUCCUCAGCCUAUGAGGUCCAUCUGUCCCUCUGGUCCCCCAACCCUAUGGGCCCACUUGGCCCCCCAGGGCCUCUAGAACACUCUCGUUCUACAUGACUCAUCAGGGUAUUCUCUGAAGAGUGAGAUGACCUUGAAAGCAUGUUCAUCUUCAUCAAACAUGGAGAUAAUCAGCAGUUUCUGGUCAAUACCAAUUGCUCUGUUUUCCCGUUGCUACAUUACACUCGCAGUAAAGUGGGGUUGCGUAAAACAGCUGUCCCGAUUACUCUGUGGCCUCCCUCCAGACACCAUCGAUUUGUGUGAUGAAUCGGGGACAAUGAAGUUGCUUUUCCUGAUGAAGACCCCUGGAGAAUAUGCCAGCAAAUUCCUUACAGCUCGGGACACCUAUUAUGUUUGUAAGGUGGAGCGUGGGGCACCAGGAACCAAACUUGAGAAUGCCUACAGAGCUUUUGUGCCCAUUCUGAAGAAUCCAGAACCUGAGCUACUUGAUGCCCUGCGCACACAAUGUGACUUCAUGGAGAGGAGCCGAGUGAAAAUGCUUAGAACCCUGGAAGCCAAGAAGGUCACUCCAAUUGAAUCCACCAUGAAUCUUCCAUCCAAAUCAGGAAGAUCAGAAGAAGAUGGGCCCCCUCCCACUCGUAGGGGCCCUCCCUUUAAGACCAGAGCAGACAAUCUCGGUAGGAGGGAUAAACAUCGCUAACUCAAUAAAGUGACCAAGUGAGAGCAGUAA